UGCUCGCAUUUCUUAAAGCAAAGCAUUACAAAAAUCAACGUAGAAACAUGUCGUUGACUAUCACCAAAGAUGUUUCGACUGCUGAGCUCAAGGAUUUGAGCACCGUGCGCAACGAGCAAAAGGAGCUGAAUCUUGCGCCAGUGCAUCGCUUGAAUGUCAGCUAUGCGACGGCCACAUUUGGCAUGGGCUGCUUCUGGGGCGCCGAGUCGCUGUAUGGCGCAACGCGGGGAGUCCUACGCACCACUGUGGGCUAUGCCGGCGGCAGCUCCGAAUUGCCAACGUACCGUAAAAUGGGUGAUCACACAGAGGUGCUGGAAAUUGACUAUGAUCCCACGGUGAUCAGCUUCAAGGAGCUGCUGGAUCUGUUCUGGAACAAUCACGAGUACGGCCUGACCAAGCCCAUGAAGCGACAAUAUGCAUCGCUGAUACUCUACCAUGACGAUGAACAGAAACAGAUUGCUGAGGCCUCCAAGCUGGAGGAGCAGGAGCGUCGUGUGCCCGAGGUGAUUACCACGAACAUUGCGCCCAAGGAGAACUUCUAUGCGGCUGAGGACUACCAUCAGAAGUACAGACUGCAGGGUCACAAGGACCUGGCCGCAUCUCUCAAUCUCAACCAACAGCUGCUGCAGACCAGCUACGUGGCCACCAAACUGAACGGCUAUCUCGCUGGCGUCGGCGGCAUUGAACAGUUCAAAUCGGAGGUGGAAACGCUCGGAUUGACGCCCACUCAGCGCCAGUACUGCAAUUACCACAUUGAACAGAACGAGGGUCAGGGUCUCUACUGCUGACCCAGCUAUAUAGAUGUUAAGCGUAAAUCUUAUACAUAGGGGGGUACAUACUACAAAUAAUUUUAAAUCAUGUCCUUGAAUAUCCUUUUCUGUUUUGUGUCUGACAAAAUGUGUAUUACUUAAUCUUAGACGAAUAUUAUGCUAAUAAUU